GCUUUCUUGUUCCUCGGCUUUUCUCCCCGUUGACAAGUUGGCAUUGCGCAGGCUCUCGGUGGUGUGGAGGAGAUGCCUGAAAGGAAGUGAUGUUGCUUCAGUAGAUCAUGUUGCACCUGAGCCGAGAGGGUCUUCAAUUCCAAGAGGACGUCCGAACUUUUUUAUUUUUUUAACCCAAGUCGGGGCAAGUGGCACGUCCAAACAUGUUCGUGUAGAUUUACCUAAAAUAAGUGGCAGAAAAAUAUUCGGUACGAAGACACAAUGAACCUAGUUCGAGCGCUUAAGCGUUUCAUUCCCCGUCAGAAGUGAACAAUUACGAAAAUACGCGGCACACAAAAACGUUUAGUGACCCGACCAGAAGUUGGCGGUAACGGGCAGUCGUGUGACGUCACCGGCCAGCUCUCAUUAGCGACAGGUUUGCCAUAUAUACACCGUGAAGGUGUUUCCGCUGUUUUUACUUAGUUUUAAAGACGUUUUUUUUUCUUCCGCCCGAAUGUUUCGUUACGAAACUACAAAAUAACGCUGUUGCAAGUCACGUGACCGACGCUUUGACGAGCCGCCGCGGAGCGUCACAAAGAACUGACCUUUUAAAAUACAAUCUUCAAAAAUAUCGGCUCAGUCCGGUCCGUUUCACGCUUUACAAUAACAGUCCUUGUAUUCAAACCGAGCUAAAACCGCCUGAAUUGUAACUAGAGCAUUUAAUUUUCUUGACGUUUAUUGACGUCUUAAUCGUCCCUCGCAUAGUCGUGAGAGAUACGCGCGAUGGACAGCAGGAGUGAGAGGAGAAUGCUCCAACUGAGGAAUCGCCUGGACAUGCUGGGCUACACCGACCAUCUGGGAGCUGACUCACUCUCACUUGUUGAGAGGCUUUUCUGCGAUAUGGUGCACACCACCGAAAGCCUGCGCAAAGCCAAGCGUUUGGCAGGCAAGUCUGAAAAAGAAAUCCAGAACUGCGAUGUUUUUCUGGAGCCAUACAGAGUCGCUCAUGAUCAACUGGCCAAGGAGAACCGAGAGCUUCAGAUAGAGCUUCUAACCGUGAAGGCCGAAAAGGAACGUUUGGACAAAGAGAUGAAAAUCUUCAUCACAAAGCAGGAAGAUGAGCUGUCUUCCCUGAAGUCUCUGAACAAGCAGUAUAUGCAGCAGGUUCGCUACCUGGAGAAGGACAGCAAAGAGAAAGCUAAGACUGUCCGUCAACUGCGGAAAAGGAAUUCAAAUGCAGUGGUGCAGGCGGGAGAUGAAAAAAGGAUCAGCCCUCAUUCUCCUCGGUCCGCGCCUCAUCCUGAUGAUGCGUAUGUAGCCGAACUUUUGCAGCAGGCAGAUAAAAGGAUCUUUGAACUGCAUGACGAAUCGGCAAAAUUAAAAGCGGAUCUGGAAAAUGCCCGGGGACAAGUAGAAUUCUUAAAUAAUCAUAUUGACGACCUGCAAGAGGCCAACAACCAACUAAAGAGGAAGUUGGAGGGAGUGCAGCAGAAAUACUCCACCAAAGUAGCUGACCUCACCUCAAAGAACCGUGAGCUGUGCGGCGAGUUCGUGGCCAUACUUGACCUCGCCAGGCAGAUGGAAGUAGACAACAAGCAAAAGUUGAAAACGGCUGAUACAAAAUUUCAAGAUAUGAAUGAAGUUGUGCAAAAGCAAAAAGAAGUGAUUAAAGAUUUGGAGGAUGAACUGGGGAAAAUAAGUGUGGAUGGCCAAACUCUUGCUUCCGCAGAUGAACAUGGACAGGAAACGAAGGAAGUUGACAUUCAGAAUGUCGCCCACAGUGAGUUGGAUUUCAUAAAAUCUCAUCUUGGAGAACAGUUGGUAGAGCUGAGAGGACAGAAUAAGAAAUUGGAGGGAAUGGUGGAUUUCCUCGGGGCUGAGAAAAGCAGACUGCAGGACAAAGUGGAGAAGUUGAUGUCAUUUGAAAAAGUCUUAGUCCUGGAUUUGGAGGGCAUGCGAAACAGAUAUGGCAUUUGCCGAUUGGCGUGCUCUUCAUCUCGUCUGGAUGCUUUUGUCAAGAGUCUAGAGGAGGAGAGGGAUCACUAUCGACAGGAAGUUGAACACUAUAAAGUCUUUGUAGCAAGUAGCCCCAGUCACAGUCCAGGCAAGCAGAAGAGUCCAAAAAGCCAGCAUGACCACAAAAGCUCUAAUCCAUCUGCUGAAAUAUUGAAUCUGAAAGAUGCGCUCAGACUGGCCAAUGAAAAACUCCAGCAGGUGACAGCUGAAAAACAGUCGCUGAUGGGAGAACUGAAGCAGACGAAAAGCUCAGCAUGGAUGGAGUCAAACAUCCAGCAGGUGACGGAUGAAAAAGAAGAAGCUAUGGAGAACAAUACGCAAGAGCAACUCACGCAAGCUUCUAAAAACCUCAACCUGAAAGACGAACGUAAGCAGAUAGAAGAAAAACUCCGGCUGGUGUUGGGUGAAAAAGAGUCAUUUAUGAAUAAAUGUCAGCAAAUGGAGUUGCAGUGUGAGCAACACAGCUCGGAAUUGAUAAGCCUGAAAGAGAAGCUCAGACUAGCUGAAGAAAAUAACCGUCGGGUGACGGCUGAAAAAGACUCAGCAGUGGAGGAAGUUCAACAAAAGCAGCUACAGUGUGAGGCCCACACCUUAGAAAUACAGUCCCUUAAGAAGGGGCACAACCUGGAAGAAGACAAAACCCAGCAAGCAACGACUGAAAAAGAGUCACUGAGAGAGAAAUUAACGCAGCGUCAACAGGAUCUCUCAAAAACAUCUGAUGAAAUCUCAAAACUAAAAGAAGAGCUCAAACUGUCCAAAGCAAAAACAGAGCAAGUGACCGCUGAAAAAGACUCACUGGCAGAAGAGUUGAAGCGGCAGCAUGCGAAGCACAACUCAGAAACAUCUGCUGAAAUCUUAAAACUGAAGGAGCAGCUUAAUCUGGCAGAGAAGAAAGUCCAAGAGGUUAUUUCAGAAAAAGGCACACAUAUAGAAGAACUGAAGGAAAUGCAACUGGUGCAGGAGGAACAGCAGUCGGCUGCAAUUUCUAACUUGGAAAAGGAGCUCAAACAGGCCAAAGAAAAAAUUGAGCAGUUCACGAAGGUAACUGAGAAAAUACAGGUGGAACGGGAGCAGUUGAACUUAAAUGCAUCUGAGGAAAUGUUAAACUUCAAAGAAGAACUUAAACAGGCAGAAGAAAAAAUCCAGAAAGUAAUGGCUGAAAAAGACUCACUGAUGGAAGAGCUUAAGCAAAAGGAGGUGGAGCAUGAGCAACAUACUUUGACAACAUCUGAGGAACUCUCCAACCUAAAAGAGGAGCUCAGGCAGGCAAAAGACAAAAUCCAGAAAGUGAUGGAUGAAAAAGUUGCACAAAUUGAAGAAUUCAAGCAAAGGCAGCUGCAGAGUGACGGCCGCGACUCAAAAACAGUUGCUGACAUUUUUAAUCUGAAAGAGGGGCUGAAACUAGCAGAAGAAAAAUAUAUGCAGGUGACUGCAGAAAAAGACUCACUGGCGAAGGAUUUGGAGCAAGUGCGGCAACAGAAAGAACAGGAAAUCUCAAAAGCAUCUGAUGAAAUCUUAAAACUAAAGAAGCAGCUCACACUGACAGAAGAGAAAGUUAAUGAGAUCGCUUCAGAAAAAGAGGCAGAAAUAGAGGAACUGAAGCAAGAGGAGAACAGCUCAACAUCUGUAGAAAUUUUAAAACUGAAGAAGCAGCUUAAUCUGUCAAAAGAGAAGGUCCUAGAGGUGGCUUCAAAAAAAGAUGCUGAAAUGGAAGAACUGAAGAACCAGCUCAAACUGACAGAAGAGAAAGCCCAGGAGGUGGCUUCAGAAAAAGACGCAAAAAUCGAAGAACUGAAGAACCAGCUCAAAGUGACAGAAGACAAAGUCCAUGAGGUGGCUUCAGAGAAAGACGCAGAAAUGGAGGAACUGAAGUACCAGCUCAAACUGACAGAAGAGAAAGUCCAUGAGGUGGCUUCAGAGAAAGACGCAGAAAUGGAGGAACUGAAGCAUGAGGACAACAGCUCAACAUCUGCAGAAAUCUUAACAUUGAAGAAGCAGCUUAAACUGGCAAAAGAGAAAGUUCAAGAGGUGGCAUCAAAAAAAGACAGAGAAAUGGAAGAACUAAAGAACCAGCUCAAACUGACAGAAGAGAAAGCCCAGGAGGUGGCUUCAGAAAAAGACGAAAAAAUCGAAGAACUGAAGAACCAGCUCAAAAUGACAGAAGACAAAGUCCACGAGGUGGCUUCAAAGAAAGACGCAGAAAUGGAGGAACUGAAGUACCAGCUCAAACUGACAGAAGACAAAGUCCAUGAGGUGGCUUCAGAGAAAGACGCAGAAAUGGAGGAACUGAAGCAUGAGGACAACAGCUCAACAUCUGCAGAAAUCUUAAAACUGAAGAAGCAGCUUAAUCUUGCAAAAGAGAAAGUCCAAGAGGUGGCUUCAAAAAAAGAGGCAGAAAUGGAAGAACUGAAGAACCAGCUCCAACUGACAGAAGAGAAAAUCCAAGAGGUGGCUUCAGAAAAAGACGCAAAAAUCGAAGAACUGCAGAACCAGCUCAAACUGACAGAAGAAAAAGUCCAUGAGGUGGUUUCAGAGAAAGACACAGAAAUGGAGGAACUGAAGUACCAGCUCAAACUGACAGAAGACAAAGUCCAUGAGGUGGCUUCAGAGAAAGACGCAGAAAUGGAGGAACUGAAGCAUGAGGACAACAGCUCAACAUCUGCAGAAAUCUUAAAACUGAAGAAGCAGCUUAAUCUGGCAAAAGAGAAAGUCCAAGAGGUGACUUCAAAAAAAGAGGCAGAAAUGGAAGAACUGAAGAACCAGCUCAAACUGACAGAAGAAAAAAUCCAAGAGGUGGCUUCAGAAAAAGACGCAAAAAUCGAAGAACUGAAGAACCAGCUCAAACUGACAGAAGAGAAAGUCCAUGAGGUGGCUUCAGAGAAAGACGUAGAAAUGGAGGAACUGAAGCAAGAGAAGCACAACUCUACUGCUGCAGAAAUCUUAAAACUGAAGAAGCAGCUUAAUCAGGCACAAGAGAAAGUCCAAGAUGUGGCUUCAGAAAAAGAUGCAGAAAUGGAAGAACUGAAGAACCAGCUCAAACUGACAGAAGAUAAAGCCCAGGAGCUGGCGUCAGAGAAGGACACAGAAAUGGAGGAACUGAAGCAUGAGAAGCACAACUCAAAAUCUGCAGAAAUCUUAAAACUGAAGAAGCAGCUUAAUCAGGCACAAGAGAAAGUCCAAGAAAAAGAUGCUGAAAUAGAAGAACUGAAGAACCAGCUCAAACUGACAGAAAAGAAAGUCCAAGAGCUGUCUUCAGAAAAAGAUGCAGAAUUGGAAGAACUGAAACAUGAGAAGCACAAAUCAACAUCUGCAGAAAUCUUAAAACUAAAGCAGCAGCUGAAUCAGGCAAAAGAGAAAGUCCAAGAGGUGGCUUCAGAAAAAGACGCAGAAUUGGGGGAACUGAAGCAAAAGCAGCUGGAGAUUGAGGAACAGAAGUUAAUUGAGAUUGCGAACUUGGAAGAGGAGCUGAAACUGGCAGAAAAAAAAGUCCAAAAGGUGACAGAUGAAAAAGACGCUGAAUUGGAAGAAAUGACGAACCAGCUCAAACUGACAGAAGAGAAAGUCCAAGAUUUGGCUUCAGAAAAUGAUGCAGACAUGGAGGAACCGAAGCAUGAGAAGGAUAACGCAACAGCUGCAGAAAUCCUAAAACUGAAGAAGCAGCUUCAACUGGCAAAAGACAAAGUCCAAGAGGUGGCUUCAAAAAAAGAUGCAGAAUUGGAAGUACUAAAGCAAAAGCAGCUGGAGAAUGAGGAACAGAAGUCUGUGGAGAUUGCAAACUUGGAAGAGGAGCUGAAACUGGCGGAAGAAAAAGUCCAAGAGGUGAUGGAGGAAAAAGAGACGCUGAUGGAAUCGACUGAGCAUGCACAAAUGAAACAGGAUCAAUCAUACCUCCAUGCACCUGAUGAAAUUUUGAGCCUGAAAAAAGAGCUCAAACUGGCCCAAAAAAAAAUCCAGCAGAUAAUAGCUGAAAAAGACUCACUGAUGGAAGACGUGAAGGGCCUCAAAGAAAAGCUCAGAGUGGCAAAAGAACAAAUCCAGCAGGUGACCGCAGAAAAAGACGCAAUGAUGGAGGAAUUGGAGAUUGGCAUGCCUUCUGCUCUCCCGGGCGCACAUGGAAUGGAACACAAGAUAAUUGACCUGCAGAAAGUCAUCAAGAGACUGGAGAAGGAAAACCUGGAGCUGUGUUCUCACCUUUACGAACUAAAAGACAGCAAGGAGAAUGUGGGGCAGCAGAUGGAUGUUCAGCGUGCUCCGCUGGUCCAGGAUGCGGAUGCGUCUGAAGCACAUCGGUGGACAACAGAAGCAUCCCGCCUUUGGCUACAACAGGGGCAGAUUCAGUCCUCACUUUUGGACCUCCAGGAAAUGCUUUCUAUAAAGACGGACGAGUUGCGUGCUGCUCAUGCACAAAUGGAAACACUAGAGGACAUAAUCGAGGCACAGAAUCAGAAGGUUUACCUGUACAAGCAGGAAGCAGAAGUUAUUCACAUCUCUUUCUCUGCACUCUGCAUGAAGAAAGACGCUCUGCAGGAGGAGGUGGCGCAGAAGACCAAAAGGCUGGCUAUUCUCCAAGAGGAGCUCGCCAUGAAGCUGCAGGGAGAACUAAAGAGCCGUGAAAGGGAGUUCACCACUCGUAGGAUGUUGGCGGACUACCAGGAGGCGUUGGCACAACUCAGAAGUGAUAAUGAGCUGAUACUUCGAGAUAACAGGAGGCUGGAAGAUGACGUGACCACAAUGACUAUGGAGAAGCAAGCUGCACUCGUGGACAUGGAAGGGGCUUUACAUGAAAGGAACGAGCUGAAACACAGAGUCAAUUCCUACGUGAUUACAGUGUCCAAGAUUGAGAACCUCUUGAAGUCAAAGGAGCAGGAGAAUUUCGAGCUGUUGCAGCAGCUUCACAUGGCCAACUCUGACAUGCAAGAAAGGGGGCAGAGGCUGAUGCAGGGAGACGUCCUCAUCAACUCUAUCCGACGGGAGCUCCUUUCUGCCGAAACGGACCGAAGGCACCUCCACGAAGCCGUCAGCCACAAGGAGCGAGAGAUCCAGCAGUAUAUGCAGGACAUAAAGGCUUACGAGAUGCAGUUGUCCACGUUAAUCCGAGGAACAUCCCUACUGGAGGAGGAGCUACGAACCGUUCAGGAGGAGAAAGCCGUCCUUCUCGCCGACCUGGCCUCUGUCAGGGAGCUGUGUGUCAGACUAGACGCAGACAAUGAAGUUGCAACCCGCCAGCUUUUAUACAAGAGCAUGGAGCUAGAGAGGGCAACAACGAGACAGGACGAUGCUUGGACAGAAGUGGCGCUGUUGAAAGAACACCUGGCGAGCGAAAAGUUGACCAUCCAUAACCUCGAGAGGGCGCUGGCCAACAGUCGGCAAGAGAUGUUCCAAGCCCACCAGGCAGCCAGGGAAAAAGAAUCCGAGCUGAAGGUCCUACGUGAGAGGCUCAUGCAGGCUGAAAACAAGAUAGGCGAGUAUGUGCGGGAGAUUUCCAAUCUUCGCAGCAAAGUUACUCAGCUGCAAACAAAGAUCGAGGCUCUGAACUCUCAAAUAAGCGGUGAACGACACAGGCGCGAGGAGAUGCCCUUGCAAGAGUUGUCAUUCAGGCCCCCGAGAACCUCAUCGCCAGUGGACCCCUUGAACACUCCUCACCCGACGUUCCCCGACACCUCCUCCAUUAAGAAAUCCGAUUGACGUUGACACACAGACCUUCCUGCGUUAUCUACCGUCAAUAUUGCUGCUGUAGCUCCUAAGCUAGAUCAUUCAGUUAUACGGUUAACUGCUUAUUUACUCAUAAUGGGGCAGAUUUUUUUUUGUUACCUCCUGUAAUGAGAGGACUUUUACAAUCACCAACGUAAAAUAUGUUUUAGUAAUAGAAUACCGUUUUUCAAGCUUCGAGGAAGCCGACAUUUAACAAAACAAGAAAUUAGCUAAGGUUAUACAUAGGGGUGUAACGGUACACAAACAUUUCGGUUCGGUACGUACCUCGGUUUUGAGGUCACGGUUCGGUUCAUUUUCGGUACAGUAAGAAAACAACAAAAUAUACAUUUUUUGGGUUAUUUACCAAAUUUGUAAACAUUGACUUUAUCCUUUUAACAUUGUGAACACUAUAAUAAUCCUGUCCACGUUAAUCCACAUUAAACUGCCUCAAAUUGUUGCUCAGAUUAAUUAAAAUGACAAAACUUUUCUUCUACAUAUAAAAAGUGCAACAUAAAGGCCUACUGAAAUGAGAUUUUCUUAUUUAAACGGGGAUAGCAGGUCCAUUCUAUGUGUCAUACUUGAUCAUUUCGCGAUUGCCAUAUUUUUGCUGAAAGGAUUUAGUAGAGAACGUCGACGAUAAAGUUUGCAACUUUUGGUCGCUAAUAAAAAAGCCUUGUCUGUACCGGAAGUAGCAGACGAUGUGCACGUGGCGUCACGGGUUGUGGAGCUCCUCACGUCCUCACAUUGUUUAUAAUGUGAGCCUCCAGCAGCAAGAGGUAUUCGGACCGAGAAAGCGACAAUUUCCCUAUUAAUUUGAGCAAGGAUGAAAGAUUCUUGGAUGAGGAAAUUUAGAGUGAAGGACUAGAAAAACAAAAAGAAAGGCGAUGGCAGUAGGAGUGAUUCUGAUGUUUUUAGACACAUUUACUAGGAUAAUUCUGGGAAAUCCCUUAUCUGCCUAUUGUGUUGCUAGUGUUUUAGUGAGUUAAGUAGUACCUGAAAGUCGGAGGGGUGUGGCCACGGGUGUGUUGACGCCAGAGUCUCUGAGGGAAGUCACGAAGCUGCAGCAGGGCAGAAGCUCCGCUGAUCUCCGCUAAGAGGCGACUUAUUACCACAAUUUUCUCACCGAAAACUGCCGGUUGACAUGUAGUCAGGAUCCAUGUUCGCUUGACUGCUCUGAUCCAUAGUAAAGAUUCAGCUCUGGGAAUUUUAAACAAGGAAACACUGUGUGUUUGUGUGGCUAAAGCUUCCCACCUCCAUCUUUCUACUUUGACUUCUCCAUUAUUAAUUGAACAAAUUGUAAAAGAUUUCAGCAACACAGAUGUCCAAAAUACUCUGUAAUUCCGCGAUGGAAAGAGAUGACUUUUAGCCGUAGGUGGUGCUGGGCUCAUAUGUUCCCUCCAACCAAUAACGUCUCAAACACGUGUCAUCAUUCCACGACGUUUACAACAGAAAACUCCGCGGGAAAUUUUCAAUUGUAAUUUAGUAAACUAAAAAGACUGUAUUGGCAUGUGUUGCAAUGUUAAGAUUUAGUCAUUGCUAUAUAAACUUAUCAGACUGCGUGGUCGGUAGUAGUGGGUUUCAGUAGGCCUUUAAAUAGUUUCAAGUCAACUCAUCAUGCUUAAUUUAUCACAGAAUUUGGGAAGCCUGUAGUUGAUUUUUAUUAUGUAAAUGUAAUAUUUUUGUCAACAUGUGAUAGCAGGGACCCUGCCAUUCCAAGCAAUUCUGUCCGUAAAACACACACACACACCACCGCAAAUGAGCUAACGUUAUGCUAAAAGCUAAUUAGCCUUCACCUCAAGCCAGAACUGCGAGCUAGCUGAGCUGCAGUUUAAGUUUCUAGAAGGUCAACGGGCGCAUAGUGAUGUUAGUGGUAGUUGACUUGGAGGUGUUUAUUAUCAUUUGGGGAGAGUACGCUGCCUUAUGCUCACCUGCUAAACACCUAUCUGCUCGACGCUGAAGCAUUUACUACAUGCGCUCUGAAUACGCACUGCUGAUUGGCUGUUACCGCUAUAUAUGUAACCAAUCAGAUGGUAGUGUGGGUGGGACAAUGCUGGGUGCCGAGACAGAGGCGGAAAAGAAGCAAAGCAGCUUGUUAAGACUUUAGCUUAGAAACUCUUUCGGUACACCCCCGUACCGAAACGGUUCAAUACAAAUACACGUACCGUUACACCCCUAUAACUUAAGUUAACAAUACUUCAUGUAUUCGGAUCUAAUCGGUACGCAGCGACAGUAAUCCCUUGUUUAUUGCUGUUACUUGGUUCUGGACAUGACCGGAAAAAAGUACUUUCUGCUAAGUAGGAAUCAAUAUUUUCAUAGCUAGAACAUUAAAGCAUUUUGCUGCAUUCUAAAUACAUUUUUCAAUAUUGAGAGAGCCCUCUAUAAAAUGAAAUAACACCCUUUUGUUGGGCUGUGAGCACCUCCUAGAGCAGGGGUGUCAACCUCGUUUUCAUUGAGGGCCACGUUGCAGUUUUGGCUGCCCUUAGAGGGCUGGCUGCUUGUAACAUAAAUAAAAGCCAAAAAAAAACAGCUCAUUUUUUACCUAUUCUGCCUUAUUGCACCAAGAAAAAUUACUAGUUUGUGAGCCCGUUCGUAAACAAUGGCAAUAAAAACUAUUCUGAUUCUAUCCAUCCAUUUCUACCGCUUGUCCCUUUUGGGGUCGCUGGAGUCUAUCUCAGCUGCAUUCUGGCGGAAGGCGGCGUACACCCUGGACAAGUCGCCAUCUCAUCGCAUGGCCAACACAGAUAGACAACAUCAACAUUAACACUCACAUUCACACACUAAGAAAUUACUGUAAAAACACACCAAAAAAAAUUGUUAUAUACUGUUCUUCUUAAAUGCAGUUAAGUACUGUACAUUUUGUUGCAUUUUACAAAAAAUAUCGACCAGCAGUAAGCUACUGCACAACAUACAGUAUAAUUCAGUAUUUUUCAGACUUGUUUCUUGGGUCCGCCCACAAUUCGUCCAACCGAGCUUCAUUUCGCACGAUCUGCUGCUCUCACGCAUAACACGUACCCAGGUGGAAGAAAAAGUAGUUCCCACUAUAAACGUGUCAUUUAUACAAGAUUUCAAUAGUACUUCCCAUUGUGUUGCUGUUAAUAUUUUACCUCAAAACAUGUACUAUCAAAGUAUCGACAUUUUGAUUUGAAAAUCAAUUAUAGUGUGGCACUCCUUUUAUCGAUAUCCAAGUAUGAUUGCGCACAUCAUAACUCUGAAGUUGCCAAGUACCGAUGGAUGGACGAGCGAUAACCUGCCGCCACCUCCAGCUAUAAAAUCACCUGGCCGCCGCAGCUAAAUCCAUCCUAUUGGUGGGAUAUUACGGACAUUUGACCCCUCAGGCGAUACUGCAUCAAAAACCGACGACAGUGUGUAAAGGAUAUCACCACAUGGGCUCAGGAACACUUCAUAAAACCACUGUCAGUAACUACAGUUGGUCGCUACAGCUGUAAGUGCAAGUUAAAGCUCUACUAUGCAAAGCAAAAGCCAUUUAUCAACAACACGCAAGAAUGCCGCAGGCUUCUCUGGGCCCGAGCUCACCUAAGAUGAAUUUAAUAGUCCGGCCCAAGUGCACAGAUUUUCCUCUAUGUGGCCCCCCGAGCGAAAAUGACUUUGGCACCCCUGUGCUAGCUGGUUAGCGAUGUGUAGCUCAGCUGCCUUAAAAGUGACGUUAUCCUUCUUGCAGCCCCCUUAAAGGGGCCUGUAUUGUUUUGUUUUGUUUACAUGUUGUUGUUUAUGUCGUUACUGUGGCUACCACUGCAGGAGAA